AUGCUGACGGCCCCGCCGCCGCGACGCCCUGAGGGAGGAGCGGGGUCACCAUGGGGCGGGGCGGGGCAGCGGGCGGUACCGCCACCGCCACCGGUACAGACACCGAUGCACGGCGCAGAGGAGGCGGCGGAGGGGCCGCGGGUGAGCGCGGCGAGCACACAGACCGACAGCAUGACCGGUCAAAUGCCAAGACUUUCUAAAGUCAAUCUUUUUACUUUGUUCAGCCUCUGGAUGGAGCUCUUUCCUUCGACUGAGCAACAAAAGAAAUCACAGGUGAAGAAGAGUGGCCUAGUUGUGGUGAAAAAUAUGAAGAUUGUUGGUCUUCAUUGUUCCAGUACAGACUUGCAUGCUGGCCAGAUUGCACUCAUAAAACAUGGAUCGAGACUUAAAAACUGUGACCUUUAUUUCUCCAGAAAACCGUGUUCAACCUGUUUAAAAAUGAUUGUAAACGCUGGGGUGAACAGGAUUUCUUACUGGCCUGCAGAUCCUGAAAUCAGCUUGCAGAAUGAGGCAUCCAAUCCCAUGACUACGGAUGAUGCAAAGCUAGAUGCCAAAGCAGUAGAAAGACUGAAGUCAAAUAGUCGUGCUCGUGUGUGCGUGCUGCUUCAGCCCUUGGGGUGCUCCAUGGUGCAAUUUGUUGAAGAAACUUCCACCAAGUUUGAUUUUAUUCAAAAAAUAGUAAAAUCUCAGCCUGACUCUAAUGCUGACUUUUACACUGCAUGUAGGCAAGAGAGAAUAAAAGAGUAUGAAAGUUUAUUCCUAAUUUCAAAUGAGGAAAUGCACAAGAAAAUAUUGAUGACAAUAGGACUGGAGAACCUCUGUGAAAAUCCAUACUUCAGCAACCUGAGGCAAAAUAUGAAAGAUCUUGUCUUGGUCUUGGCCACAGUGGCUGCCAGUGUCCCUGUCUUUGGAUGCUUUGGAUUUUACAACAGUGAAUCACAACGAACAAAUGAAACAGAUCAUCAGAGUUUGCCCCAAGAAAUUGCAAGGCACUGUAUGAUACAAGCCAGACUACUUGCAUACCGGACAGAGGACCAUAAAACAGGAGUUGGAGCUAUUAUUUGGGCAGAAGAAAAAUCAAGAAGCUGUGAUGGAACAGGAGCAAUGUAUUUUGUAGGCUGUGGUUACAAUGCCUUUCCUGUUGGAUCUGAAUAUGCUGAUUUUCCACACAUGGAUGAUAAACAAAAAGAUCGGGAAAUCAGAAAGUUCAGAUACAUUAUACAUGCGGAGCAGAAUGCCUUAACGUUCAGGUGUCAAGAAAUAAAGCCAGAUGAGAGAAGCAUGAUAUUUGUGACAAAAUGUCCAUGUGAUGAAUGUGUCCCUUUAAUCAAAGGCGCUGGUAUCAAGCAAAUCUAUGCAGGAGAUGUUGAUGCUGGAAAAAAGAAAGCAGACAUAUCCUAUAUGAAGUUUGGUGAAGUUGAGGGUGUAAGCAAAUUUACAUGGCAACUAAAUCCACUGCACACCAAUGCCCUUGAAUUCCAUGACCCCACAGCCAGGGAAAAUGGGGUUCAGAAAACAAAGUCACUAGAUGACCAGCAGCACCAAAGCAAGAAACUGUGUCUUGGUCACUAUUGAAUAAUUAAGCACUUCUGCAGUCUUGCUCUGUGUUUUUUUUAUAAUGCAGCCUGUUUGCACUUUCAAAUAGAAAGAGUUUUAUUUAUUGUUUGGAAAGUGAAUUUUAGAAUAAGUUUAUUUAUGAUGUCUUUAAUGUUUUAUGGCAUUACCUGAAGGUAUUUUUAAUUUAGAAGUUCUUCUUGGCCAAAACCUGCUGCUUGUAUUUUCUGUGAAAGUAACUGGGUGGCUGAUCAUUAUUAACACAUUAAAACAUAAAAAGGACUGAAACUUUGUUGCUGGCAGAUCACAGUAAUAAUAAAAUGGUACCUUUUUGCUUGGUGUACAGACUGAGGGAACGGAUUUCCGAGUUCUGGGCUAGCAGAAUGCAGAAAUAAGCCCUAGUUUUUCAAGUACAAUCAUCAAGGGAAUCUUUUAGGAAAUGGUAGAUAAAUAAUCACUAGCAGUUAUUACUGUUCCUGAAAGUGGCUUUUACUUCUCAGUCUGCUUGUAUAAAGGAGACGAAGCCAUGGGAAUGGCCAUCAUUUUUGAGUAAGUGGUUUGAAUAUCAAGCUUCUCUCUCAUUCACACUGUUCCAACUACCACAGCAGCAGAACUAUUUUGUUUUGUGGCACCUGCAUUGCUGCUCUGUUUGCUUCCGGAAGUGCAGCCCAUCUGAAUUGAUGCAGGCAAAGAUUAGCUUUGCUUUUCUCAGCUUCUGGAUGCAGGCCUAAAAGAACUCAGCUGUGUGCGUCUCACUGGCCCCUACAUACAGUGUGAAGAUUUUGAGAGUUUAGGUUUUGUUAAUCAUCUUCAUUAACAGGCUUGUAGGACUACAAAAGCUAAUAAAGCACCCAAUGUCCUGUUAUUUCUUACAGAG